CAACAGCCUCGCCAUAAAGGCUACGCGGGCGAGCGGCACAAUCGAGCGUACCUACGCGAGCGAUUCUCCGCCUCCGCCCGUCGAAACGCGGCCGAGAAGUACUACGACUGCCUGCAGUGCGCGGAGCAGUGUCGUCACACGACGAACAUUGUCACCAGCAACAACAACAACAACAGCAGCAGCAGCAACAACAACAUGAAGCUCGCCAAGACCGCGAAGAGCAACAACCCGAUCCCAAAGAACGGCGAAAGAACGAACGACUGUCGAGCGACCAAUCCCGUCGGUUCCUCGGCGAUCAAGGAAAAUCCGAGAGCCCUGGCGCGUCUGGACGAACCGAAGACAUCGAAGAACCCUAAGAGCACCAACCUGCCCAGGUCGUUGAAGCUUCAACCUCUCUGUUUGACCCCGGCUAAAAAGAGGUCCUCGUUGGCGCGUCCGGUUCGCGUCCACGACUCGUUUCCCCAGCCCAGGAAGCUGUUGCCCGCUAAUUACGCGUUCCAGACCUUGCAGAAGAGAGAGACCAACGAGUCCGUGUACGAAGACGAGGAACACGAGGAGACCAGCUGGCCUAUUCGGCUGAGGUUCGAGCAGAUGCUCGAGGUGACGCUGCCGCAGACCAAGAAGAGGAGGAAAAGGAAGGCGUCGUUGAGGCUGAUGAAGCAACAGCAGCAGAACAGGCACGUCUGCAAGGACACGGAGAGGCUGCUCCGCGUGCUCAGCGUUAACAAUGUGGACCAAGAUAAUAGGUACAACGUCACACGGUGUUCCCUCAUGUAGAGACUAUAAUAGACGAUCGCGCGAGGAACCGAAGAGUCGUAUGCCUCGAAUCCCUCGAACGUUAUUCGAGAUUCACGGCCCGCGUGAUGGCUGACCAAGCUCUGGACGAGUCCUGGAGAAGUCUUGGACGGAAUAUCGUCGAUUUAUCGGGGGUGUAAUCUCGAGUAACCCAAUUCUGUUUCCAACUUCUCGAAAAGUCUCGAGUUUUAUACGAUUAAGGGCCUUUCGCGCUGACGAUCUUGAUCGUCCUAAUUUCCGCGAUGGCUCUCGAAGAGACGAAAGGCUCGAGGACACUCUCAAACGACACCAAACGUCGCGGACGGUUCCGAGAGUGAUGUUCGAAUCCUCUACUCAAGUCUUUCAAUAUUUUUUCAACGUUCACGAAUAACGUUCAAAGCGACUUGACGAACAGUCUUCUGUAAUCGAUUGGAUUUUUUCGGUGAGGGGAGGGAUUGUGUCGCGACAGGGUAACAAAAUACUUGAAAUUUGAGGAGAACAUUACGCGCGAGCGACUUUGUUUCCGAACAAAAGACGUGUUCAAACAAAUUUUGAUAACAUUAGGGGGACUUAAUAUAGAGACUUAGAAACGUUUCGUACGACGAAGCAUUUCACGCGUCCUUGGAGCGUGGGAUUUUGACCGUGAUUUGGGGGUGAACAAAAUAGAAACUCAUUCUCUGUAAAGAUUAAAGGGCGCGAAGGGACAAAAUUCGAAUUUCGGUUGCAACGAUUGAUGAUAAAGAAACGGUCAACACCCUUCGAAGGUCUAAGAAUAUUUUUGACGAAUACUUCGUUGCAUCGUCGUUCGGGGACGCGAAACGUUGUAAUGGAGAACACGUGGAUCCCAGAGGAACGGAACGCCCGCGUUAACUAAAUUGAAACCACGUCUACGUUAUUUACAUUCUGUUCUACAAACUGUAAAACGGAGGCUCCUUAAAGUUUUACAAGGAUAUUCGAUGGGUAUAAGGUUAUGUGAUAAACAUGAGCAUAUUUGUGAUGUUUUUCAAAUAAAUACAACCUGCUGUAAUAUUAUAAAUAUACAUAUUUGUCUGUUGAUGAUAAUUUCAUUCAUUGAAGAGGAAAAGCAUUGAACAUUAUUUGGUUUUCUUUCUUCUCGCUCCUCUUUCUCAUCCCUGUUUCGCUUCUUCGUUUCCAAUCGCGACCUUACUUUUGUUCUCUUCGUAUUCUUUUUUGCACCCACGUCCUCUCGACUCCCCCGUUUCUUCUUGAACGCAUGAAAAUAAAAGAAAACUUGUAUAAUUCCGUUGAACGAGGCGCAAGAUGUUUUUCAUACGCGUGCUCGUGUCUCAAGUAUCCAUAUUUAUCAUAUACUUCUCCAUUCGUCCCGUCGAGAGACUCUUUAAAAGCGUACGCUUUGUCGAACAGAAUGCAGGAGGAACUCUGGUACCCAGCGUAUUCUUCAACGCGAAUUCGAGGCCCCUCCACGAGCAACCGUUCGAAAUCGAAUCGAACGUAUGGCGGAUUUCCAAUUGGAAACUCCACCAACGCGUGGUCACGCGUUUCACUAACUAGUAAGAAAGUUCUUCGUUCGAUGUGACUCUACGAAAAGAGAGAUUGGGUAUUUAUAUCGUUUUUAAGGUAGACAGAUAACGACUAUGAUUUGAGAAUAUACAGGGUGUUCGGUCACCUCUGGGAAAAAUUUUAAAGGGAGAUUCUAGAGGCCAAAAUAAGACGAAAAUCAAGAAUAUCAAUAUCUUGACUGAG